CGUAUUUUCGUGCGAUAAUAAUGUUUUAUAUUUCAAAUUUUAUUUUAAUUACAUAAUUAGAUUAUUUCCUAUCGUGAAUCGUUAUAAAAGUUCAACAAUCUUGACUUUGCGUCAUUAUCUGUCCGGUUACUAGAAUAUUUACCUCAAAUCCAAGCUCGAUCUAUGAAUUCCCAGCCGAGAGAAAUCGCGACAGUUUCCGCGCAACGUAUGUACGUUCACGUGCUUGUAAAUGAAUAUUUAUAGAUGUCAGAGAAACCCGGCAUACAUUUACAUAAGAUCACACACGUGAACGUCAAUUUUUAUUUUACUUUGAAAAUACGACUGUUUAACAUGUGAACCGUUAAUGGCCAAUACUGCGUUUGACUUGAACAACGUCACCGGGUAUGUCAUCUGUAUGCCAAGUCCACGUGACACGCCUGGCAUGUUCGAAUUCUCGCCGUUCGCGAUCACGUUUCAGUUUCGACAACAUCGCCAUUAGGAAAUAACGUGUUCCGCACGACAUUCGCGUUUCGCUUUGUAUUCUCAUAAUUUCUCCCUCUUCACUUAUCACUAAGAUGACGAAAGAAUUGCGUUAAUUCGAUGACUCUUCCAUGUGCUAAUUGCGCGACACUAAUUAGUGACACUGAGUGACGGUGACGCUUGUUAGCGUGGUGGAAUUGUUCUCGAUUGUGUACGCGUGUAAAAUUCCUAAAUAAGUUUCUUUUCGAAUUGCGCCGAUGUCCUUCAAGAAAGGUACAAAUUUAGAGAAGACUAGUCUUGUCGUUUUUAAUCUCGGAAAAUUUCCUCCACGUGCUUCCUAAUUACAAAAAUACGAAAAAUUGUAUAUUCUAAUAUAUACAAUUUUUUAUCUUGUAGGAUUUCUUCCACGUUCUCUCUGAUUAUAAAAAUACGGAGAAUUGAAUAUUUCGAUAUAAUUCAUGGUUUCCAUAUUUUAUUAGAAUAAUGGGCAGUAGAAGAUAAUAGGAUAUAAUUAUCCGAUAAUUAUUUCGAUAAUUAAUUCUACGAAGACAGGACGCUUCACCUUUGUUUGGAGAGGGGUGAUUAUUAACGUCGUAGAAUUUCCGUGACCAAACUUCACCGUAAUUAACAUGCGCCCGUUGCAUUUAGCCGCGAAAGACGUUCUUCCCAUCGCUUCUGUCGUCCUUGUAUCACUCAAAUUGCGCGUGACUCCGACUUUUUUCACAAAUCUUAUUGACCCUUGUUUACGAGCAGAUAUGCGAGUGCAGUUAAUCACUUUAAUUGGGCGAGCUGACUUGUCAAUCGUAAAAAAGAGAUUAAGAAAAUACUCCAACAAUAAGCGAACUCUGGAUGUUAGUGUCGAUACUUUCGAGGAAGAGUUGUUGUAACUACGGUGUAAGAUAUGCUGGCAGAGAGUGCGUUGGUUCUGUUCGCGCUCGUUAAUCAGUUCAAUUGAAUAACGUAUUAAUACUGCGGGGUCAUCGCGAGAGUUAAUCGCAAUGUCCACGCCGGACACGAUGGAUACCAUUGACGAGGCGGAACAAGCGUGGCAUGAGAUGCUGGAGUGUGAGACUGGAUCCCUUUUAGGCAGAGUGGCGGACCUCGAAAGGCAAUCCUUGGCGCAGAGGGACGAGAUAGUUUGUCUUCGCGCCACUCUUGCGGAUGCACUAAGGCGAAUCGCCCAGCUUGAGGCAAGAGAAAAGCGAGAGGAUGACAGGAACGAGAGGAGAAACGAAAGGAUGGUGUCCUCGCCCUUAAGGAACGGCCAUGUACCUCUCAGAAGUAGUCAAAAUUCGGUGCCACAGAAGGACUUAAGGUUGCGCCAGACCGGUGUCCUCAGAAAUUCCUCAUCCUCGGGAUCGUCGCAGGACGUUCGCGACGCGACGUCCAGUCCGAGACGGCCUGCCAGCUAUGUGCAUCCCUCCCAACUUCCUCAAAGAUCCGUCCACUAUCAGUCAACGGGCUCUUUGCAUUCCGAUAGUCCGAGUAGUAGUAGCGUUUCACCGGUGCCAUCGCCAAGCCCUAGAGCCACGCCACUGCCUGUAGCCAGAUCGCCCACGGCAAGAUCAAACGGACCGCCACAAAGUAGCCUGAGAAGAGCGAAGAGAUGGUCGUCCACCGGCGAUUUUACACAUUCCCCGCAAAACCAGGGAAGCAAUUCCCAGCUCGUCGGUACCAGAUUGUCUGCGUCCACCAAGUCCCUGUUCAACCUGUUCAAACCACCGGCGAUGAACAACGUCAAGCACGGCACCAGAGACAUGCAGUACAACGAGGAGGAAGGCACCGUCCGCAUGUAUCUGCGCGGUCGACCGGUCGUUCUUUAUGUUCCUACAUCCAUGAUGGAAUCCUACGACCUUCACAAAGUUAGCACACCGCCGCAGAGCAAAUUGAAACUCGACUGGGUCUACGGUUACCGCGGCCGCGAUUGCCGUAGCAAUUUACACCUGCUGCCGACCGGCGAGAUCGUAUAUUUCGUCGCGGCGGUCGUUGUUCUGUACAACAUGGAGGAGCACAGUCAGAGACAUUACCUAGGUCAUACGGACGAUGUCAAGUGCAUAGCGAUUCAUCCCAACAAAUUAAUCGUCGCGACGGGACAGGUUUGCGGGACGGAUCGUCGAGAUGCUAUGCCACACAUAAGAAUAUGGAACUCCGUGAGCCUGACGACACUCAGCGUGAUCGGCAAUGGCGAAUUCGACGGAUCGAUUUGCUGUCUGUCAUUCUCCAAGGCUGACGGCGGAAAUUAUUUGUGCGCUAUUGACGAGACCUCCGAUCACAAUAUAUCGAUCUGGGACUGGCAGAAGAGCGACCGUGGCACCAAAGUGACCGAAACGAAGUGCUCUGUCGACACGGUGGUUUGCGCCGAGUGGCAUCCGCUGGAACGCAACCAGAUCGUUUCUUGUGGAAAAGGACACGUGUCCUUUUGGUCCCUGGACAACGGUGGCAUGCUGUAUAAACGUAUGGGCGUUUUCGAGAGCAGAGAUAAGCCCAGGUACGUUACCUGUGUCGCCUUCAAUCAAAACGGAGACAUCCUCACUGGCGACAGCAACGGCAACAUCAUCGUUUGGGCUCGAGGUACUAACACAAUCUCAAGGCUAGUGAGGAAUCUCCACGAAGGAUCGAUUUUCUCCAUAUGUGUUUUGAAAAAUGGCAACAUUAUUACCGGAGGCGGAAAGGACGGCAAAAUUUUGUAUUUUGACGCUUCUUUGAAUCUGACGGGAGAAGAAGCCCAGAUCGAGGAUCAUUUCGGCGGAAUUCGAACGCUUUCGGAAGGAAGGGGCACUCAAUUAUUAAUUGGCACAACGAGGAACUGCAUCCUCGUUGGCGAGAAUGACAUGGGUUUUAAUCCCGCGAUGCUGGGUCACGCCGAGGAAGUUUGGGGACUUGCGGCUCAUCCGACUUUGCCACAAUUUGCCACAGCGGGACACGACAGAUUGUUGCAGAUGUGGGACAGUUUAAGUCAUACUGUGGUGUGGAGCAAAGACAUCGGGGAGCAAGCACAGAGUAUCGCUUUCUCACCGGACGGUAACAUUAUAGUCGUCGGUUGCGUGUCGGGAAAAUGGUUGGCAAUCGAUAGCGAGACGCGAGAAUUGUAUACACAUCACAGCGAUGGUGCCGAGCCUAUGCAGGUUGUUCAAUUCUCACCCGAUGGUUCCUUGCUUGCACUCGGCUCCAGAGAUAAUUACAUUUACAUUUAUCAAGUGAACGAGGUUGCGACCAAGUAUAGUCGAGUUGGGCGGUGCAUGCCAAAGCGGAUUCGAAGGCACGGAGGACAUUCCAGUUUCAUAACUCAUCUGGAUUGGUCUGUGGAUGGUCAAUACUUGCGCAGCAAUAGCGGAGACUACGAAUUACUUUAUUGGAACCCUGGUGUUUGCCGUCAAAUUCCACAGUCUUCGAUGUUAAGGAAUGUUGAUUGGGCGACCCAUACCUGCGUGAUAUCGUUCGAGACAAUAGGUAUUUGGCCGGAGGGCGCUGAUGGAACUGAUGUGAAUAAUUGCACGCGAAGUGGCGACGGCAAACUCUUAGCUACCGGUGAUGAUUUCGGAAAGGUCAAAUUGUUCUCUCAUCCGGCAUGCCAGCCAAAGUCGUUAUACCACUCCUAUGGCGGCCACUCGAGUCACGUAACAAACGUCUCGUUCUUGCAAGAUGAUUCCCGAUUGGUAUCGACUGGCGGCGCCGAUACCAGUGUUCUCCAGUGGAUAGUAAAUUAAGCGAGUCAUUUUCGAGAGCGAGUGAUUCUUAAAAGUGCACUUCAAGAUCGAGCUGAGAAGAUAAAAGAAUGUCAACAUUGCGUCGUUUAAAACUAAAAAUAUCGCCCGACUUACUUAAUCACAUCCGAGCUUCAUGGCUUCUGUUCUAAAAAGCUAACAACAGAAUCAUCCUAUCAUCUCGACAUUUCUAGACGUGAAAAAUAUAUAUCGUCGUCGCACGAUAUAUUUAAUCGCGAUGAACAUUGUGUGAAUGUUCUUAAGAGCGAUUUCACUUGUUCAAGAGUGGAGAAUCAAAUUGACGCCUCGAUUUCUUAACGAUAUGUUUGUCAGAGGCAUAAGAUAUUCAUAGACUCGAAUGUAUACUCUCGUACGUAAAGCAACUCAAUGCACCGUGCGUGCAACGUGUUUCCUUCUCGUAUCAGUAUAUGUGAUAGCACCGAUGUAAUCUUUUCUUAUACCAUUGUGUCCACUAUUAUAUGAUAUUAAUGGACACGUUUAUAUUUUUUGUUAACUACAACAAUUCGUAUUAUGAUUCAAAGAAAUGAAUAUUAUAUGGCACUUUACUAUAAUACAUCUUUUAUUUAUUUUUUUUUUAUUCUCUGCAAACGUAUUCUGAUAUUUUUGCAAGUCUUUGUUUUUCUAGAUGACGGUUGAGAAAUGGUAAUCGCGAAGGUCGUCGAUUGAAUUGAAAAGAAUUUAUAAUUUUGUUUUCAGUUAAUUUCUUGCAUACAUACAGCAAGAACUCCACGAGUGGAUCUUUAUAUAUUCCCGAUUAAUACGUAAAUGUAAUACGUGGAUGUACUUUUUUUUUAUUUUUGUAAAAAUAAUUCGUGCUCGCCGUACAUAGUCUGUCGUGCAUUAAUUAAUGAAUAUAGACUUCAAAUGGAAAUUGUUACAAUCAAACAAGUCCAUAGAGCAAAAUGUAAUCACCUCUCUGAUAUAAUAUAUUACUUAUAAAUAUAUUACAUUAUAUAUUAUAUAAAUUAAUACAUUAUAUAACACAUAUAUUAUAUGUAUUAUGAUAUAUAUGUACAAUUGCAUUGUAUAUGUAUAUCAUAUUGUAAUACAGAGGUGUGAUGUCGAAUUUUUGUUCAGACAAAAUUAAAUAUUGGAAAUCCGUCUCAAGAUAAACUCAAGAGAGCUUUUAUCUUAUUUUAUUUACCAAGUUAGCGCGACAUUAAAUUGAAUUUUUGAAAAAUUUGUGGUAUCGAUUCGUAAAUGAACGAUACGCUUGCACGCGCGUACGCAUUGGUAUAUGCAAAGUAUUCUCGAAAUUGCGUUAAUCAAAUAAAUAAAUUAUCGUUUCAAAUGCGAUAAUACAGUAUCGUGAGAGACCUAAGGACGAAUCUCGAGCCGAGAAGCUUCCGCAAAGGGAACGAGGAUACGAAAACUCGUCGUGAAUGAACCAAGGCUUCUCGCGGCCAAAACGCACAAAAGUGAAGAAGAUAAAAAGCCCCUGAGCUCGCGAGGGGCCUGAUUACGCGAAAAAUAAGCGAACAAACUCACAGUGCCGUAAUAUGCCGUCCAAUAGAAAAGUACGUAGCAUAAUUCGCAAUUCGAGUGUGCUUUCGACACGACGGAUUUUGUCACGACGAAAAGAAAAGAAAGAAGAGAGAGAGAAAGAGAGAGAGAGAAAACAUGGACGAUGAAAGAAAUACUUUUCGAGUGUAUGAUGAAUGCAUGUAUAUACGAGAGAGCUCGCGUCAUAUAGCGUCUCUUCGACGCGUUUCAUAUACAUAUAUGCCUUCUCUCCUUUACCUCCCUUUUGGCAUGAAGUAUUUUACCAAAGUCUAACAGAACAAGAAUAAUCACUUUAUUUUCAUUCAUCGUGUCAACGUGUAAGAUAUAUCUAUAUAUUUUAUUUAUAUGUCACGGUAACGUGUAUGCGUAUACAUCGUAUGUAUGUAAUUUCAAUAGAUAAUAAAUCAUCUUCAAAAUAAUA